AUGUCCUCACGUCCGCGGCGGUCGGCCGCUGCAAGGGCCAAGGAAGUCAUUUCUGUCCACGCUAGAUGGGCUGACACGAGCGAAAAGGAAGACGCAGGUACCGCUAUCGCCAUGUCAUCGCGAAGGACGGGACGUGCUGGUGGCGCAGCGGCCUCGCGCGAUACCGCCUCCUCGCCAGAAUCGACUCAUCUCAGCGUCACCGUCAAGCUUCCAAAUAGCAAAUCACGGCAAGCUGCCAGAGGGGGCAAUCGCCGCAUCGACCCGUUUGAAGGCGGCGAGAUCGUGCACGGAAAGCGCAAUCGCGGCGGCAAGAAGAGCUAUGUCAUAGACUCGAGCCCUGAUGACGAGGAAGAGGAAGAGGAGGAAGAGGUGGUGGUGGAGGAUGAUGAAGAGGAUGACGAUGAAGAUGAAGAAGACGACGAGGAGGGGGAAGAGGAGGAGGUGAUCAGGGCGGAGGACGAUGACGAACUGGACGAGGAUGCUGAAGGCGAAGAAGAGAUGGACGUGGACGCCGACGGCGAAGAGGAUGCAGAUGGCGACAUUGACAUGACCCCGAACGACGAUGCUCAUCCCUCAGCAAAGAACGCAAGGGCUAACAAGCCGAGGCCCACGGUCAAAGUCACCUCAUCCAGGGCAAAUCAAGACGAAGAGGAAGACGACGAAGAGGAAGAAGAGGAUGACGAUGACGACGAGCUCAGCGACCCCGCAGACAGUGACAUUGGUGACGAUACCAUUGUUUACGGCGAUCAAACCAUGGCUGAUGAGGAUGCCGAGGGAGAAGAAAUCGAAGUAGCGGGCGAGGAGGAGGAGGAGGACGUUGAGGAAGACGAUGACAUGGCCAUGCAGCAAGGGGCAAACGGCGAUUCAGAUCUCGACAGCGAAGGAGGCAGCCGAGCCGAAACCCCGGACCUUGCCAAGAUGACCAAGAGGCAGAGGGCGCGCUUCGAGGAUAUUCCCCAAGAGUUUAUGAAGCUGCCCGAUGAGAUCCAAGUCAAGAAAGUGUUCACCGCCGAGGAGCUGUCCAUGCGGCGCCAAGAGAUGGCCAGGAGACGCCGCAAUCUCAGCGAGAAGCGUAACGAGGAAGUCAAGAUGGAAACCAUCAACAAGCUCCUCAAGAAGCAGGCGCCCAAGAUCAACCGCAAAGCAGCUGCCGAGACGUCGGAACCGGACUUGCAGAAAGCAAGCCCUGUCUUUAUUCGCUGGGUCAGCAACAAGAAUGGGAACCGUGUUGCCGUUCCCGACGAAAUCAUGGACGGGCCCGCUGGUGCCGUGUUUGGAGAGAAGAGUGAGAGGUCGUCGGGGAAGCUCGUAACAGAAGUAGCCUAA